ACAGGGAGAGAGAGAGAAAUGGCGCCUCGAUGCUGCGCUCACUGAGCCAGUGUUUGGAGCCGGUUAGAGAGAUUCAGUGAGGGCACAAAUAAGGAAAAACCAUGGUGAAUACAAGGAAAAGCUCACGGCUGGGGAGCGGCCCCUUUAUCUCCUCUCGGACGAGGUCUUCGUCGAGAAACGAGCGAAACUCUGAAGAACAUAAGGAGCACAGUAGUGAUGUUAGUAGUCCCAGCAGCCCUCGUUUGGCUCCUCCCUCCAAGCGGACGCGAAGGCAGACGGCCUCUGAGCCCAGUUCUAGUGACACUUCCCCAUCUCCUCAGACUAAAGGCCAGAGGGUCAGCUGGGAUAUCCCUACGUACCGCACCAGGUUGUCCUCUCGAAUAAUGCAAAAUGGGCAUGCUCAUAUGAGUCACCGGAAUGAGGAGAGCGGAGGGGGAGAUCACUCUCACAUGAAUGGCCAUGUGGAGCUGAAGAGAAGCUGCCGAGUGAGGAAGAGCCAGUUUGAACACCUCAAUCAGAGCCUGCUGUUUGACCAGCUGGUCAACAGCACUGCUGAGGCUGUCCUCCAGGAGAUGGACAACAUCAGCAGCAUCAGGCAAAACCGUGAGGUGGAGCGACUUCGCAUGUGGACUGGAGACACUGAGGAGGAAAACAUGGACAUGUAUUCUCGGGUGAAGCGUAGGAAAUCCAUGCGCAGGAGCACUUUCAGCAUGCCUGCACACCACAAAGCCAUGAGUAAGACCGAGCAGGAGGAGGAAGAAGAGGAAGGGACAGAAGAUUCUCACGGUGAGGAAGAGGAGGAGGAUGCAGAAGAUGAUGAUGAAGAUGAUGAAGGAGACGAAGCAGAAGAGGCAGGAGAGGAGAAUGACAGGCCUUACAACUUGAGGCAGAGAAAGACAGUGCAGAGAUAUGAAGCACCACCUAUUGAGCCUGUGAACAGAAAACAGAGCAACCAGUCACUGUUUGACACUCAUAGAUCUCCAGCAAGAAGAAGCCAUAUAAGAGUGAAGAAACACGCCAUUCACAGCAGUGACACCACCUCUUCCUCUGAUGAGGAGCGGUUUGAGCGGAGGAAAAGCAAGAGUAUGACACGGGCCAGGAACAGAUGUUUGCCAAUGAAUUUGACAGCAGAAGACCUGGCCAGUGGUGUGCUGCGUGAUCGAGUUAAAGUUGGUGCCAGUCUGGCUGAUGUGGACCCGAUGAACCUUGACACCUCAGUGAAAUUUGACAGUGUUGGUGGCCUCAGUAACCACAUCCAGUCACUUAAAGAGAUGGUAGUGUUCCCACUGCUUUACCCCGAGAUCUUCGAGAAGUUUAAGAUUCAACCUCCAAGGGGUUGUUUGUUCUACGGCCCUCCGGGGACAGGAAAGACACUGGUAGCUCGGGCGCUUGCUAAUGAGUGUAGCCACGGAGACAGGAAGGUUUCUUUCUUCAUGAGGAAAGGAGCUGACUGCCUCAGCAAGUGGGUCGGUGAAUCAGAACGCCAGUUACGUCUACUGUUUGACCAGGCUUACCUGAUGAGGCCAUCCAUUAUUUUCUUUGAUGAGAUUGAUGGCUUGGCUCCUGUUCGCUCAAGCAGGCAAGACCAGAUACACAGUUCUAUUGUGUCCACUCUGCUGGCCUUGAUGGACGGCCUGGACAGUCGUGGGGAGAUAGUGGUCAUUGGUGCUACAAACAGACUUGACUCUAUUGACCCGGCACUCAGGAGGCCUGGACGCUUUGACCGGGAGUUUCUGUUUAACCUACCAGACAAGAAGGCCAGAAAGCACAUCCUGGAAAUUCACACACGGGACUGGAAUCCCAAAUUGGCUGAGCCAUUUGUAGAGGAACUUGCGGAAAAAUGUGUCGGCUACUGCGGUGCUGACAUCAAAGCACUUUGCACAGAGGCAGCCUUGGUGGCGUUGCGCCGCCGCUACCCCCAGAUCUACGGCAGCAGUGUCAAACUGAAGCUUGACAUCACCUCCAUUGUCCUGGGGCCUGGCGACUUCAGCAAGGCAAUGAGGACAAUCGUCCCAGCCUCACAGAGGGCCCUGGCCCCCCCGGGCAGAGCCCUGUCCCCUGCCCUCAGACCCCUGUUGGCCAACCCUUUCUCCUUGGUGCUGAAAGCUCUGCUCCGAGUCUUCCCCCAUGCUCAGUGUACUGACAGGGACAACACAUAUGGCGGUGACAAUCAACUGCUUGAAGAGGACUUAUACAGCGAUGAUGACAAUGAGGAAGGCUCUGCUUCCAUCUAUGAUGUGCAGCCUGCUGCAUCCCCAAAGAGUCAUCUCUUCUCCUCUGCAAUGCACAGACCCUUCCUCCAUUUCUCCUCUUCUGCCCUCCAACAGCCCACAGCAUACCGGCCUCGUCUACUACUGGCUGGGGCGCCCGGCUCAGGACAGAGCUCUCAUCUGGCCCCCGCUUUGCUGCACCACUUGGACAAGCUGCCAGUGCACCGCCUGGAUCUGCCUACUCUUUACUCCAUCAGUGCUAAGACGCCAGAGGAGUCCUGUGCUCAGGUUUUCCGGGAGGCCCGCCGGAGCGUGCCCAGCGUGGUAUUCAUGCCACAUGUCUCAGAGUGGUGGGAGACGGUGAGUGACACUGUGAAGAGCACCUUUCUCACCUUGCUGCAGGAUGUCCCCUCCUUCAGCCCUGUCCUUAUCCUUGCCACGGCUGAGUCUCACUACUCACAGCUGUCAGACGAGGUAAGAAGUAUAUUCCAGAAAACCUACGGGGAAGUAGUGACACUGAGCCCUCCUGGAGAAGAGGACAGGAGAAAUUUCUUCUCUGACCUGCUCUUGGUCCAAGCUGCCAGGGCUCCACCUCGCCUCAGGAAUACAGAAAGGUGUAAAGAGGUGCUACCAGAGGCAGAGGCUCCAGGCCCGAGGGUCCUGUCAACAGAGGAACAGCGGCGCCUUGCUGAACAGGAGGAGAACACACUACGUGAGCUCAGGCUCUUUCUCAGGGACGUGACCAAGCGCCUGGCCACUGACAAACGUUUCAACAUCUUCAGCAAACCAGUUGACAUUGAGGAGGUGUCAGACUAUUUGGAGGUUAUUCGGGAGCCUAUGGACCUGUCCACUGUCAUGACCAAGAUUGACACUCAUAAGUACCUGACAGCCAAGGACUUUCUGGUGGAUAUCGACCUCAUCUGCAGUAACGCUUUAGAGUACAACCCUGACAAGGAUCCUGGAGAUAAGGUGAUCAGGCACAAAGCAUGCAGUUUAAAGGAUACAGCCCAUGCUAUAUUUGCGUCUGAGCUGGACCCAGAGUUUGACCGCAUGUGUGAAGAAAUCAAAGAGGCACGCAAGAAGAGGGAUCUCGAGAUGCCAGCUCAGGCAACAGCAACUCCAGCUGUGGCAACCAGAAAGCAUCACACUGCAGGAGAGGAGACGGCCAAGAGCAGCACUCAGGGCGAGGCCACUGAAAAACAGUGCACCACUAAUCAUGUAAAGAGGAAGAUCCGCAGGCGGCCGUCCUGGGGACGGGGCAUUAUUCGUAAAAAGAAGAGCUACAAGAAAGGGACAGAAGAGGAGGAGGAGGAGGAGCCUGAGCCAGAAGUGGAGGCCACAGGGCCCAGUGACUCUUGUUUGACGCAGGAUGAAGAAUCAUCUUGUGAUAUCACGGGUCCUCAGCCCAAUGGCCACCAUCCCCACCUUCCCUCCACGGAGGAGGAGAGCUCAAACGAGCCGCCUAUUACAGCUCCAGCUGCUCCUCCAGAUGUCAGUGAAUCCACAGAAGAUUCAAUGUCUAAGGAGGACAAGUCAACAGCCAAAGAGGCAGAGUCUGAGGAAAUGGAAAAACAGACCGAGCAGAGUCUAGGUGAAAGUUCUCAGCCCAAGGCGGAUGAGGAUGAGCCACAGCAGGCUGACACCCAGCCUUUGACUGAAACGACCAAGUCUUCAGAUGCUGAGGCUGAGCCGAAGCACACAGAAGUUCUCCUGGACUCACACAUGGACUGUGUGAAUGGGAAUGAUUCAAUGGACAGCCUGGACUCACAGAGCCUGGAUAAGAGCAGUGAGGCUGAGAAAAGGACUCCUCAAAGCACGGCUGAGAGCUCUCAUAAAACAGAUCAGGAAGAGCACAAUGACAAAAAUGAGAGCAAACCAACUCAGGAGCACCCUUCCCAGGAGAGAGGGACGGUAACAGAAAAUGAGGAAGAGCAAGAUAAAGAAGGGGGAUCCAAAGCCAGGAAACACACUAGGAGCCUGUCAGAGCAGCUGCAGGGAUCUGCAGAGAGGUUAGAGGAAGCGCCACAACCAGUCCCUCCUCAUCCUCCAGUAGUGGUCGACCACCAGCGGCUUUUGGCUCUUGUGGACAUGGUGGUGAAGAAGAGUGAGGGCUACAGCGUGGAGCAGCUGGAGAGACUGUACUCCCUCCUCAGCCAGUGUAUCUACCAGCACCGCAGAGAGUACGACAAAACCCAGCUACUGGAGGAGAUGGAGGAGAGAAUCCAGCAUUUUGAUACAUUCCUGUGAGAUGGAGAGAAAACCUUUCAGGUUCAUCCUGAACAGCCUGGGACCACAAAGACACAAACUGAGUGGAGGAGAGAGACGGAGAGUCUGAGUCUAGCUCUCAGAAAAAUAAAUGAAAAAAAAAAAAAAAGAAUUAAAUAAACAGAAAAUCCGACACUCCCCUCCUCACACAGGGAGGUAUCCCGACAAGGACAAGGUUGAGGACAGAGACAUUCAAAGGUGCUAUCGUCUCAGGAACCUGGCCAGAUCCAGACCCAUUCUACACAACCAAACUCCUAGUGGUGUGUCAGUCACACACAUGCACACACACCAACAGUGACGGGCAACCCUGGUGCUACUCGGGUGCUAACUUUUUACCAUGCUGCUCUUGGGAUUAUUUCUUAACUCGGACGAUUAGUGAAACCAACAGAUCGGGUGAUGUCAUAUCACAACGUGGCUGCUCCUCCUUGGAGCAGUUCUUUCAUUCAGAUCUUCACCAGCAGAGUUACAAAUGCAGAUAGCCACAGGAAAUGAGGAUGGUUAAUGUUCUGAAUCACUGAACUCUGUCGCUGAGCCCGUCUCGCCCUCGAGUGGAACGCUUCAUCACAGGCCAGUCGUCACAUUGAGAUUACGCAGCUCUUUUUUUCCUGCAGUUUUAGCUUCCUGAUUAAUUCAGUGUCUGAGCCAGCGUCCCCCAGAAUAAUAGUUUACAAAGUUUUACACCGGUCAAUGAGGUUAGCACAGCAGGACGUGAACCCUUCAUGUCCUCUAGAUCAGGUGUGGAGAGCUGUUAGCCCCCUCAGUGUUUGGUGAACCAGAGUCGCCUGCAGGUCACUCCACUCCACCACCUCUGGUGUUCACAGUCUUAGCAGGUUGUCAUGUUCUUUAUAGUUUGUGUGUCUUACCCCUCUUUACCACACUACUCUCACAGUUUUAAUGUUUUCAGGCUGUGUCCACCAGUUGAUUUUUCCACCCUGACUGAGGAACUGGAAGCAGGGCACAUUGGAAAGAGUUUGCACUGCCUAGUGUGUGCCUUAUUUCAAACCUCAUAUCAAACUCAGAAAUAUGAAGCAGGAAUUUUGUUUAAGUUACAUCAUGUGACAAUGAACAGGCUCCAAGUUAGAGUGAGUCUUAACCAAUGAGGUCACAGUAAUCUUGAAGCAUUAAAACAUUUAAAUCUCAAUGCCAACAAGUCUUUUAGAAGCAAAUCUUGGAACAGCGUCUCCAACCUUGGCCAAAAAAUGUGAAAUCUUAGAAUUAGAAUGGAUUUUUGUAAUACUACUCACCCCUCUGGCUGCACUGUUGUCUGGCCAUAUUUGUGUGAAGCACUUGUAAUGUUGUAAUGAUAUUUAAAUGUAUUCAGCUCAGACCUGUUGGAGAGGCAGCAGGUGGAAGAAAAGGUUGACAAAGGCGGUGUUGUCUGCAGACGCUCAUAUGCAAAAACUAAUAAUGCGAAUCCAAUAAUUUCUGGUGCCAAGUGUUAUCAAACUCCCUCUAAAUGUGCUGACAUCACGGUGCCUGCUCUGUUUCAACUAUGAAAAUGCUCUCUAAUAUGGUCAUGAUAACUUUGGUAUUAUGUUGUGUAUUUGAUGAUUUUUUAUGGUUUUUAUACGACGCUUUGCUUGAGUUGAUUUUUGAGUUUGUGAAUCCGUAAUGAACAAGGCCAUUCUAGGCAGUGCCCGUCACCAAGGUGUAUAAAGCAUUACAUGAUUCUUCUUUUAACUUCCUUCUUUCAAAUGUGUGAUUUUCUUUUAUUUUCUCGACGGCAGACAAGAGAGGCUGGAUUCUCAUGUGUGGCCGACAUAGUAGAUGUUACCUGACUGCAGUAAAUGGAGGUUUUUGCUGAAGCUUUAUACGGUUUUUACGGUGUUUUUUCCCCAUAUUUUGAGCAGAUGUAGAUUUGAGAAGGCGGCUCCUUUCUCUCCCUGAACUUGCGUCUGAUACUCAAACCUCUCGGUGCAACUCUGACCCCAGCUCACCUCUGCCUUUUUUCUCGGAUAUUUUGUGACAAAAGCAAAGACCAUAUGCAAAGUGGCAACGACAGGUUAGCACUUGGACUACUGCAGAGAGAAAAACCAACGCUACCUCAGCUUAAUUUAUUUCAAUGAAUCGGAAACUGUUUACUGGGUACAAAAACAGUAUUUUUCCCUCCCCCUGAAAUACUGUUGGAACAUCAACAGUACCAGCGAAGGUACCAGAUCAGCAUGGCUGCUGCAGUAAUCCAUGAGUAGUUUCUAUCUAUCCCAUUCUUCUGUGUGUUUGCAUUUGAGCCACAUGAUUGCUUACGUUUUACAGAUCUUUCAUCUAGUGUACAUUUUAAGCUUUGGUUUCGGAUGAGGAGAUAAUCGUACACCUGCUCCUCUUUUUCAGAUUUACAGCCCAUACUUUUUUAGACAUUAGAGAACACUUCUGCCUCCUCUUACAUCCAUCGCCUUUUUUCUUGCAGACUCUCAUCUCAUGAUUCUGAUUAUUUAUUGUCAGCUAUGUUUUACAUCUAAUAUUCAGUUAAUUGUCUUUUUGUAAUGUUUGAAAUUUAACUAAUCGGGAAGCAUCAUGCGUCCGUUUGAACUGUUUUGCUGAAUUGCGUAGCGUUUGUGUAGCAUGUUUAUUUGGCGUGUACGGGGGAAUAAAGGGUUUACAGGUCUCUCAGGUUCAACACGCAACAACAUGCCCCUUCAAUUUUUUGUAUUUAUUUCAUUGUUCUGGUGUUUUCUUUGUUUCAAUGGUUACAGACGGUGGCAUACUGGAGGAGACGAGCGAGAGGAUGGAUGUAAUAUUUAAUGAAAAUGUAGACUCCGUCACAGAAAGACAAACAGGACCAGACUAACUUUUUUUUUAAUGUUGUUCACUUUGUCUUCACUUUCUGCCAAAAGAAUUAUUUUUGAAGAAUUUAAAAACACUUAUGGAUAUAAAAUGGGUAGUUAAAUGUCAUACAUUGUGAUCUUCCUUUCUUAUUAUAAAUUGUAGCCAGUUUGGACUAACAACCAAUUUUUGUCUGGUAGUUGAGACGACGUAGUCCAGUAUGCAGAAGGAAGGGUUUGUUCUAUCCUCAUUCUCUUUUUCCACACUUUUUUUAGCCGAGACUUUCCAUAGCUUUGUCUGUUUGUGUAUUUAACACACCUGUUCACAGUUGUUACUUUAGUGUAAGUUAUAUUUGAAAUGAAACAUUUACUGUAUUUCUCAAAUAAACUGCUGUGAUAUACUUGAA